AUGACAGCAGCGAAGGCCAGUGCGACUCCCAAGAAAGCCAGUGCGCCGGCCGUGGAAGCAGCUUCCAAGAAGCGUGCCACUCCACCUGCGGAGACCACGCUGGUGCCAGCGGAUGGAUUCUUGCCCACCUCACCACUGAAGGUGCCGAAAACAAGUCAGGCUUCUUCCCCAGCCAGUGUCGUGCUGAAGCCGCCGACCCUUCCGGAUGACGAGCACACGGGAGACGGCUUCGAGGUUUUGCGUGCCGUCAUUCCUUAUGCAACUCGGUACAAGUGCCAGCGCACGCUUUCAGACUACCUGCCUUUGGAUGUCAAGGACAAUUCUGGGUACAAGGAAGUCUGGGACUGUGCGCAUGCACAGUCGUCUCUGUUGCAGAACGGCCUCUACGAGGCUGGGUCCGUCAUAACGUGGCUGAAUCCCUUGGAGAAUCACGGCCUGGUGAUUGACGCCCCCAGCUUCAAGCAGAUCGUGCGUGCCGAACAACGCUUGGUGCCGACCUCUCUGAAUGGUGGCGAAGAUCGAAUCGUGUGGCCGGGAAGCUUCCACACCUAUGUCUUCAAGGAUCACAUUCCGGAGGCCUACCCCAAGACAGUGUUUCUUGUGUCCGGGCACGCGAUGGCGGCCGCCUGGUGGGUGGCCAUGAGCAGGUGCCUGGAGGCGCGCGACAUGAAGAGAUUGGCAUUGCUGUGGCAGGCUGGGAGGUCUGUGACCUUCACUUGCUUCGUCGCAAAGGACGCGAAGGACUUGAUUUUUCGAUCGCUGUUUGCCUCGGAAGAUUAUGCGUCAAUGGCAGAGCUCACCGACACUUGGGUUCACUGGUCCGGCAAAGUGAACCAACUCUUGGCCGACCUGCCUGCUGGCAUGAAGAUGGAUGACAAAGAGAAAUGGGGCAAGGAGAAGAAGCUCUCCUUCAAAGGGGGCUCGUUCACGAAGGGCCUCCUGAGUGCAGUGGUGGCUAUGAAGCGCUUCAAUCCUGCAGCUUUGGAGGUCAUCAGGCGCAUCGAGAAGCAGUUUGGCGUGGAUGUAUUCUCUGCUGGGUAUACCAAGCUGACUCGGUUGUCUCAGCUUGCGGCAACCACUCUUCCAUCAGCUGCCGUGGAGGAUGGUAUCACUUUUGCUGUGGAGCUGGCCUAUAUGCAGCUGCUUAGCGGGGCCGCAGUCCCUUCGUUCUACAACACAAAGAACAUGGAAACGAAGGGCGAGAAUGCAGGAUGGUAUUUGACCACACUGGCCAAGUACAGCAUGCUAUCGCAGCUUGUGGGCAUCGCGCAAGGCAUGGGUGAUGCUGCGAAGGGAUUGUUGACAGCCUUGGAACAGAUUUCGAGCCCACGAGACUUCCUCAAGAAGCAUCCGCCAGUCGACGACAAGGAGAACUCCGACGGUGAGGACGGUGCGGCGGCCUUGCCGGGUGCGACCUGCCAGCCUGAGGCUGAGUGGCAGAAGCUCGCAGGGGCUCAGAAGCGUGUGUACCAGCUUGCCCGCGACCUCUACAGUUGUGAGUACGAUCCUGACUUGAUCAAGAUUGCCAAGAAGCCUGCAGUGCUCGAGAUCUUGGCCGAUGGCGAGUCUUUGUUCAAUGGCCUGAACUUGCACAAGGAGUGGUCAGCUGCCCUGAAGGAUUUGGAGCAAUCGGCGGCUGUCGUCCAAGCCAACGAGAGCGCUGCGCCGGGCAUGAGUGUGCGAAGGCUGGUGCGCAUGUCGAGCAACCCUGAGAAGGCGGAGGGUGAAAGGGCCCAGCAGGAGAGAGAGCAGUUGUGGAAGCAGGCGCAAGCCCAGCGUCGCAAGCUGGUCAACCUGGCCGUGGCCCGCACCGAGGCUGAGAUCAUCGCGGUGUGGAACAAGGCCGCCGCGGAGAACGUCCGAAGCUUUUCAGGAACGCUGAACGAGGAGCAUCGCUUGUUCAUCUUCUCAUGCGACUUGUUCGAGGAAAGCCAGGUGAGCCCAUGGACGACCCCCGGAAGCAUCACGGACGGCAAGGCCGAAGCCAAAGUGAUGCUGAAAUGGAUGAAGACAGCUGCUUGCAAGCAGACAGACUUCCUGGUGGGCUUCGACGGACGAUCCGUAGCCAACCGCAGGUGGCUGGAGGAGGAUUUGUCCAUCACCAGCAACAGCUCGACGUGCUGCGAGAUGUCGGUGAUCUUCAAGAAGGACAACGGCAGACCCGGUCGGAAGGUCUUCGGAGCAGCAUCCAGCAAGGAAACUGGCUACCUAUCUGGUCAGGAUGACUUUGUCCUCGACGGAAGUGACUCAUCAACCUACGAGCUGACCUUUGUCGGGGUGCCCAUGCCACCGCUUGUUCAGCUGCCGCGCAUCUGUGAAAGCGACAAAGAGCAGAUCCUAGGAGCCAGCAAGGCUGGCAUGAAGCCCCGCUCCUGGUCGAGGCCAGACGAGUUUUGGGCAGCUUUGCUGGCAGCGACGCGCGCCUCCGUGGUGGUCGACGGGACGCCAGGAGGCGGAACGUUGGCAAGCUGCUGCCUCAAGAAAGGCGUACAGUACUUUGGAUUCACUCGAACCAAAAAACACCUGUCCUGGAUCAGCAAUAUCGUUGAUCUCGAGGCUUGCAGAUGCUGUACCAUGUCAAAGCAUCCCUUGUAUGCUCAGUCCCUCGCGGAGAUGAUCGCAGAGUUCUUCAAAGAGGAACUGAACCCUCAGGAGCCUGAGACACUCAGUGCCGAUGAGGUUUCUGCUUUGGACGGCAGCGAGGAGGCCGAGGCCACGGCUGCCACGGGCUGA